GGGCAGAGAACGCGCGCCGCUGUGAUCGAGGCCUCACCUGAACCCCGCUCUCACCUGAGCCCCCCUCCCCGCCCCAUCCCACCUGAGCCCCCCAACUCACGUGAGCCCCCCCCCUCCCCUCUCUCACCAUGAAGACCAUCAUCGCUGCUGCGUACAACUCCGUCGACUUGGCAGUCGGCAGCGGCGGCGGUGUCAGCGGCGGCGGCGUCAGCGGCGUCGACAGCGAGCGGGACAAUGGCGCUUGCGGCAAGUGGAGCGUGCCCGGCGCCCGUGGCGUGGUGCACCGGCUGCGCUCGCACGUCGAAGCGCUGGCGGUCCUGCAGUGGGAGCUCACCUUUCUACUGGCGGGGGUGGUGUGCCCCCUGCUGAUGGUGGUGCUGCUGUGCACCGCCCUGUGGCCGGUCGCCACCCUGUACCUGGCCUGGCUCGUGCUGGACUGGAGGACCCCACACAGAGGAGGUCGGAGGACGAACUGGGUGCGGAACUGGGAUGUGUGGAACUACUUCCGAGAUUACUUCCCCAUAAAGGUUGGAGUCGUGCUGAUGUCUCGCAGCGCAGCCUACACACAGCUGCCACUCUCCCACAGCAGUUCGCUCACCUACUCACUCAGAUCCUGA